AUGAGAGGUGUCGACAUCGCAGCUCAGACUUCAGAGGCCUCUGAGGCGGACUUCAAGGAGCCAGGGUACGCAAAGAGCCUCGGCGUGGAGCUUGAGAAGGAUGUCGACCUGGUCUGGGUUGCUAGGGAGGCCUUUGAAGCUCCGCUACCGGCAAGCUGGUCCGAACACCUGGACCAGGAGCGACGCAUUUACUUCUUCAAUCAGGUGACACAGCAAAGCAGCUGGAAUCAUCCCAUGGACGAGGUCUUCCGGGACUUGAUCCAUCUCAUCAAGUCAGUCAGGAGGCUGGAUCCGCCCGAAGCCUCGGUGGUUGAAGCCGUUCAGACGCACCUCCAAAGUUGCCACGACAGAGCUUCGGCGGCCCUGGAGGGAUGGAGUGGGCCCUAUGCCGCCGAAGACGGCGAGUACUUCUACCACGCGGAGCAGGGUGCCAGCACCUGGCACAACCCCGUGGAAGAGUGGCAGACGGAGCUUUCCGUUCGUCAGCAGGCACCUGGGCCAGGCUUGGGCUUGGGGGAUCCGCGCGGUGGAGCAUCGCCCAGGUGCUCCACCGCUGUCUGCUCCACGAGAGCCCUCCCAGCAAGGUGGGGGAAGUUCAGCUUUCUGGUCUGCUGGUACUUGUAG